CCAGGCCAUAUCUUAACACACGACGGGGUGUUCGCUGACCCCGGCAGCGGGCAGCUCGUCCUGGGGGUACACGCACCCCGCUUCUUCCGCUGCUCUCCCCCGCGAGGGCUCCGAAGCCCCGCGGGGGCGGGCGCGACCCGCCCCGGGGGCGGAUAAAGGGGCGGUGGCACAGCUCAGGCUGUGCUGAGCCGAGCCCAGCUGAGCCGAGCCGAGCGUGGGGCCGCCAUGGGAGCCGGACCGCUGGCGGGGGUGCUGGUGGUUAUACUGCUGAUGAUGCCUGGAACUGGAGCAGAGGACUGUGGAGUGGGAGAAUACUUACAUGAAGGUCGCUGCUGUGUAGCUUGUCCAGCAGGUACUUAUGUUGCUCAGCACUGCAGUGCCUCACAUUUGAGAGGAAGAUGUGUCCCUUGCACGGAAGGAGAGGGUUAUACUGCCCAUGAGAACGGCUUGGAAGAAUGCCUGUUGUGCAGACAGUGCAAAGAGGAUCAGAUAACUUUGAGACCCUGUACUCUGACGCACGAUACUGAAUGCCAAUGCAAACAAGGGUAUUUCUGCCCUGCUGAGGGCUGUGAAAUAUGUCAGAGAUGCAGUAAAAUGUGUCCGGAAGGGAAAGAAAUUGUGCGGAACUGCAAUGCUACUAUGGACCUAGGAUGUGGCUUACCUGAUCAAGGAAGUACAGCCUUUGUUUGGAUUAUUGUGAUUGUGGUGGUAGUGGUUGCUGUUUUGUUGAUGUUCUUAGGAAUUAGAAAGCUGAAGAGGGAUAAAGCUGCUUCAACUGAUAAAGAUAUGGAGAAAGGUCUGGAGUCUGAGGGCAGUACUGAAAGCCUGAUUUUACCAGAAGUGGAGGCACAUGCAAAUAACACAACCAGCCCAGAGGGUGAGAACUCUGGUGAGAGCCUGGAGGGGCAAGAGGAAACCAAUGUUAAACUGGAAGUAAAAACCAGGUCGCCAGAGGAAAAGAGUGUUGCGCUUUCUGAGCGGGGCACUAUCCUGUCCGGGGGCUGGAGGCAACACAUGAAAAGGUGCUGGAGGAGGAUUGCUGAGUCUUCACUACCAGCAAAAACUGGGCAGAAUCCUGCUUUUCAUCAGAAUGCAGCAAGUGGCAGGAUACCAGAAAAUUGUAUGGUACGAGAAGCAAAGUAUCGAAUAGUUGUUAAAGAUCUCUCUCAAAAAGAACUGAGAGAUAGCUUUUGGGCAUUCAUAAAUGAAGUACCACCAAAAAAAUGGAAGAGGUUUAUGAGAACUCAUCUUAAUGAAAAUGAUAUUUUAAAAAUUAUUUAUGACUUCCCUAAUGAUAUAGAAGAGCAAUCUUAUCAGAUGCUUCUCACCUGGAAAAACACACUGGGAGAGAAACAAUCUAUUAUUAAGUUACUGGAUGAGUUAAGGCAUCUAGAUAUCAAGGCUUAUGAUAAUGUAUUGAACACUUUAAAAAGUAAUAACAUUAUAAGUAAAUUAGAAGGUACAGAUUAAUGUUUACAAUGAAUUUAAAAAAUGUUCUGUGUACAUAUAUAUGUCUACAAACUUCCUGUAAAUGAGGAUGUUGACAAACUGCUAGUAAAAGUGAUGGCACGGACUUGAUAUCCUGCUCACCUUCACACGGGGAGCUGGAAGUGAUUUAAUGCUGUCGGCGUUAACAUGGACUCCGGUUGCAAUGUUCACUAAGGUCUUUUGAGUUGUAUGAUAUUAAACUCAGGCGCCGGAUGCCAGCUUCAGAGCAAGGUGCUCCAGCUCCCGCUUCCCUUUGCGUGAGGCAGGACCGUGCUGUUUGAGCCCCAGGCAGUGAGAAUGAAGAGGCUGCUGCUGUUUUUGAGAGGAUUGCAAUGCUUCGGUUUCUGAAACGACUGCAUUUUGUUUUGUAUCUUUUUGCUCAUAACUUAUGUUUGAUGCACAGUAAUAAAAGACGGUUGAGCUAAAA